GCUGUACCGGAUGAUUUGGCAACAGUUUUGUCCGCCCGAGCACAUCACCAUUUGUAGCUCCGAUCCUUUUCACUCCGAAAAGAUACAGUAUGGCGGUCUACGUAUGUGUAUCGACUACCGCGCCUUGAAUCGGGUUACCAUCAAGUCUCGCUACCCCAUUCCACGUGUAGACGAACUUAUCGACCAACUUCGCGGGGCCAGAUUUUUCUCGAAGAUUGACCUGCGAGGCAGUUACCACCAACUUCGAGUGCACAAAGCUGACUGCUACAAGACGGCGUUUCGAACCCGGUACGGGAGUUACGAGUACACGGUCAUGCCCUUCGGCUUAACAAACGCUCCUUCGACAUUCCAGUUGACCAUGAACGAAAAUUUUCAGCCACUGCUGGAUAAAUGCGUCAUCGUGUACCUCGACGACAUCCUCGUCUACAGCACAACAAGGGAGCAGCAUUUGAAGGAUUUGGAAGCACAGGCUGCGUUCGAAAAGCUCAAAAUUUUCCUGACUAUACCGCCAGUUCUUCGGAUUGCAGAUUCCCACCGUCCAUUCGAGCUCAUCAUCGACGCUAGCGAUUUGGCCGUUGGCGCAGUCUUGUUACAAGACUUCGGCGAAGGCCUACAACCGAUCGCCUACGAGUCACGAAAUCUGAACCCGGCCGAGCGAAAUUAUCCUGUCCACGACAAGGAGUUACUCGCCAUCGUUCACGCUUUCAAAGUCUGGGUGCUACCUGACGAGCGCCGAUGUAACAGUCCGAACAGACCACAAUUCGCUAGUAUUCAUCCGCGCCCAACCGACACUGAAUCCCCGACUACCUCGAUUCCAAUUUCCACUACAGAUCAUCCCCAACUGAUGGUCAAACAAGGGGCCUAUUAUCUAAAAUCCGGUACCAAUCGGAUUUGGAUCCUUGCCUACCAUACCCUUCGGGAAUUACUGAUCCAGGAGGCACAUGCCCCGAGUUUCUCGGGUCACUACGACAUCGACAAAACCGCAAAAUUACGGAGUCGUAAUCAUUACUGGCCCGACCUACCGAAAGACGCGCAGCAGUACGUCACCUCCUGCGCCACGUGUCAACGCAUGAAGUCUUCCCGACUUCGACCUGCUGGAUUGCUGCAGCCGCUCGAGCCACCCUGUCGACCUUGGCAACAAGUGAUGAUGGACUUUGUCACUUGCCUGCCAGCUGGUUCAAGCGGUAAUGACGUGAUCCUCGUCGUCGUUGACUGGUUGACGAAAACGACCCAUUUUGCUGCCUGCAAAACGACAAUUACUGCCAAGCAGACAGCGAAACUAAUCCUCACGAACAUCGUGCGGCUACACGGCAUCCCAUCGGCAAUCAUCAGCGAUCGUGACCCACGGUUUACGUCCAACUUAUUGGACAAAAACCUGGCAGCAGUACGGCACACGUCUGCAUCUAUCUACGGUGUACCACCCGCAAUCGGACGGUCAGACUGAGCGCACCAGCUAGAUGAUGGA